CCUUUGAAGAUGAGACUAUGAAGCUUCGACAACUGAAACUAGACAAUCAGAGAGCACUGCUGGAGAAGAGGCAGAGGAAGAAGCGCCUGGAGCCACUCAUGGCCCAGCCAAACCCAGAAGCCGGGCUGCGUCGGCUGAAGCCCAGCAGCAGUGAGGAGCACGCGCUUUUGGUAGAACCUCAGACUCUUCACAGCAAUGUCAUCCUGCAUGGCAUUGAUGGUCCAGCUGUCUUCCUACAGCCUGAUACUCAUGAUGUGGAAACCAAGCCUCCUAUUCUCUCGGUAGGCUCUUGUGCUACAGAGGAAGAUACUGAAGGCAGUGUUGAUGGAGAAAGCACUGUAAAUUCUACUUCCAAACAAGACCUUCAGGAAAUUCUCCAAAAACACGGUAUCUCAGGUAGUUUGAACUUUGAUGAGGACAAGACUGAUGAUGAGGAAGAAGGACAAAAAACAAGUUUCCAGUUACAUUAUUCAAAAACAGAGAGACCCACUUCUGCAUCCAGCCAGAACUCAGCCACCAGCACAGGAGCUUCAGGCACUGCAGCCCCACAGGUUGACACCCAGCUGAGAGAAGUGGAGAACCUGGAGGACUUUGCAUACAGUCCUGCUCCUCGAGGUACCACAGUGAAGUGCCGGAUAACCAGGGAUAAGAAAGGAAUGGAUCGGGGCCUCUUCCCCACAUACUUUAUGCACUUGGAAAAAGGUGACAAUCGGAAGAUAUUUCUUCUUGCAGGUAGAAAGCGGAAAAAGAGCAAAACAUCCAACUAUCUGAUCUCCACCGACCCAACAGAUUUGUCUCGAGAAGGAGAAAGUUACAUUGGCAAACUCAGGUCCAACCUCAUGGGGACCAAGUUCACAGUGUAUGACCACGGUGUCAGCCCCGUGAAGGCCCAGGGUCUGGUGGAGAAGGCCCACACCCGGCAGGAGCUGGCUGCCAUCUGCUAUGAAACAAAUGUGCUUGGAUUUAAAGGGCCUAGGAGAAUGUCUGUGAUUAUUCCAGGGAUGAAUAUGAAUCAUGAACGGAUCCCAUUUCAGCCACGAAAUGAUCAUGAGAGCUUGCUUUCCAAAUGGCAGAGCAAAGCCAUGGAGAACCUGAUUGAGCUGCACAACAAAGCCCCGGUCUGGAAUGACGAUACGCAGUCCUACGUCCUGAACUUCCAUGGCCGGGUCACUCAGGCGUCAGUGAAGAACUUCCAGAUAGUGCACGAUAAUGACCCUGACUACAUUGUCAUGCAGUUUGGGCGUGUGGCAGAUGACGUGUUCACACUGGACUACAACUACCCACUGUGUGCACUCCAGGCCUUUGCCAUCGGGCUCUCCAGCUUUGACAGCAAGCUGGCAUGUGAAUGAGAGGAGCAUCAAGGAGCUGCUCCACACAUGGCUCCCAGGAGCAGAAGUCAGCCCUCCAGAUGGUCUCUGAGCACAUGUAUACGUGUGUGUGUGUGCACAUGUGCUCACGGGUGUGUACGUUCACAAACACCCCUGCUUUGGGUUGGAGAGACUCUGUCAGGGUGCAGUGUGUAAUGGGUAACCAAGUGUUCACAGCCAGAAAGCUCCUUGUCAGGAACUGGUGACCUCUGAAGUUGCUGUCCUGCAGCUGAAGAAUUGAAUUGGGCUCUCACAGGGUUUUUUUUGGUACCAGGGAUUGCACUCAGUACCUUGCACUUGCCAGGCAGCACAGUGCCACUG